AUUGGAUGGCACUGCAUUUGCCUUUGGCCUGAAGGGGAACAAGCUGCUAGCACUGCUGCUUCAAGACAUGCUUCAGCUUUGCCAGUGGACUGAUAACCCCCUAGUAGUUUAAUUGGCUAAGACUGAUCAUACCUGGGUUCUGAUUGGAUGUGAAAGAGCUGGGAUCCUGAAUGAUAUUGAAUUCACUUGUGCAGAGAAGGAAGAUGUCAAUCUGAAGAGAAUUUUUGAUUGGUGGAGGCAACUUGAGAUCCAGCCUGUUUUCUUUUCCCUAUAUAGGCCACAUAGCCUGAGUUCUUUAUUGGAGUGCAAUUAAUGGAUAUUGUGAAGAAAUGGUGGAGGUCUUUUUAUCCUGUUAACAGUCAGCUGUCUAUCCAUUACUUUUCCUUGGGAAACUUCACUUAGAAAAAUGAAACAUAAUCAGAGCUGCUGUCAGACGCCUCUCAGUGUCACUGUUCAUAUAAAAUCAAGUGCAUCCAGAUCAUAUCAGCAAAAAAAAGCCCUUAGCCUUAAACGUUCUAAAUUUAAGGACAGUCAGGAGACCUGUGAAAGAAACAUGAACAAUAAUAGAUCAAAACGGCCAAAAGGUUCAUGCCUAGUUAUUCAACGUCAGGAAAUGACAGCUUUCUUUAAACUAUUUGAUGAUGAUUUAGUUCAAGAUUUCUUGUGGAUGGAUUGUUGCUGUAAAAUUGCAGACAAGUACCUUUUGGCAAUGACUUUUGUUUAUUUCAAGAGGGCUGGCUAUAGUAUAAAUGAACACACCCGGCUUAAUUUCUUCAUUGCUCUGUAUCUGGCCAAUACUGUUGAAGAAGAUGAUGAAGAGUCAAAAUAUGAGAUUUUCCCAUGGGCGUUAGGAAAAACUUGGAGAAAACUCUUCCCUGAUUUCUUAAUUCUAAGAGAUGAAUUAUGGAGCAAGAUGGACUACAGGGCCAUUGUAAGCAGACGCUGUUGUGAGGAGGUAAUGGCUAUUGCUCCGACACAUUAUAUAUGGCAACGGGAACGUUCUCUGCAUCAUAGUGGAGCCACAAGAAAUAACAGCAGAGAUGAAGUGCAGUUGCCUCGAGGACCUAAUGCCACACCGGUAGAUUGUUUGCUUUGUGGUAAAAGAAUAAGAUACGUACGGCUGGGGUUAUCAUCCUCUUCCUCCAAUGGCACUCUGGAAAUGACGGAGCAACAUGUACCUCAGGGAUUGCAGGACUCUCUUCCAGCUGAGAAAAAGCUCCUGGAGCCACUUCCUUGCUCUUACACUCAAGAUUGUGGAAAACUACCCAACCAAGGAAGAAAAAGUAGCUACACAAGUCAAGAUAAAUCUAUGAACUGGUUUACUGAACCUGAAGAAUAAAUAUACUUCCGGGCACGUUUAGAAAUUAAUGGGGAAUGCAAUUAAUCUUUUGAAAGAAAUGCAAGAUACUCUUCAAAAUAUCUGUUGUUUAAGUUUAUUAUUCUUUAAGUUCUAUUUUUGUUGAAACAUACAAUAUCAAAAAUUGUCAGUAUAAUUAGAAGCUCUGGUUUCCUAAAAAUUACAACAAAUAUACAAUUUUGAUUAUUCUGGUAAAGUGCAGUCUUCAAAUUAGCAGUUACCAUUGGUAUCAGUGUUUGGAUGUGCUGGAUUAAAUUUCCGCAACUUGACAAGAAAUGCUAGUAUGGGAAGGAAACAAAAACAUUCAUCAACAAUACUGAUACAAUAUGUGUAUAAUGAAUAAAAGCAUGAGUCUUAAGGCUCCAGAUUUAUUAAUUACAUUUCUUUUAAAAAAGUAAUGGUGCAUAUGAAAAAUGCAGCAGCAGUAAUGAAAUUGUAGCUUUUGAAAGCUAUAUUUAUAAAGUCAUUCUUACCUGUGUGGCCAAUUUGCCAAGGGAAAGGUCUAGCAAUGUAAGGAGGCUUUGCCUUGUCAGAAACGAAAACUUCUGAAAUAAAAUAAAACAGAUAUUAUUGUCCAA